AUGGACGAGUUUAACGAAGCAGUAUCUAGUUGUGGCCUCUCAGAGGUCAGUUUUGACGGCCCCCCAUUCACUUGGAGAAAUGGCAGGGUUUGGCAGCGCCUGGACAGGGCACUAACAAACGAGGCUUGGACAGAUACGUUCGAGGUCACCAAGGUCUCUCACUUGGUCCGCGGUAGAUCAGACCAUGCCCCGCUUCUAAUCAGGUGCGGCGCUAAUGGUGGGAAGAGCUCGGCAUUUCGCUUUCUCAAUGUCUGGACCAAGUCACCGAGCUUCAAGGAUGUGGUAAAAGAAGCUUGGCUAAUCCCGGUUAGUAGGGGGGGUAUGGUUGGCUUUCACCAGAGACUCUUGAAUGUGAAACAGAGUCUCCGCUUUUGGAACAAUCGGUCUUUUGGGCAUAUUUUUCGGGCGGUGACUCAGGCGGGGAAGGAGCUAGGGGACAGGCAAGUGGAGUUUGAUGCCACUCGGGAUGACGUGUCUAGAGCACGUUUAGGGGAGGCUAAGGCAAGGCAUACACGGGCACUGGCCAUUGAAUGCGACUACUGGAAACAAAAGUCAAGUAUCAAAUGGCUUCAGCAGGGGGAUGCGAAUACCAAAUUCUUCCAUUCUGUGGUGAAGCAGUGA